GGCGUGGUGACAGCGCUACAGGGAUUGCAGAAUGCUACGUAGCUACUGAGCUGUUAUCGUCUCUGCCUUUAUACAACAUACUGGAGUGGAAGUAGUUUUUUGAGCUUAAAGCUUAAGUCACAGAAAUUAAAACGUUAAGGCGAGUAAAUAUAUUUUGUGAUCAAUGUGCUUUUGCCACAGAUAAUCGUAAACAGUCUAAACAUAGGGGGAAACGACCGGACGGGAAGCUGGCCGUAAGCCUCUACGGUGACGCCUCCUGAUCUUACAUUACUGUAGUUAGCUCUCAUUAUAAGCUUCCAGAUUGAAAAUGGCCACAGACGAGCUGUCGUCCAAGCUCACACGUCGGCUGCAGAUCGAAGAAGGAGCCGAGGAUCCUGUUGCUCUGGUCAUCCCAAGAUGUCAGAAUGGUUCGGAAGAUAAACCAACCACGGCCAACGCAGACUCAGAGUUGGGCGCUAAGUUGAUGCGGAGAGAGGAGCUAAACGAGGGGCAAGGAGAGCACUGCCAGCCCAGCACGAAGGUCUUCAACCCCUACACCGAGUUCAGAGAGUUCUCCAGAAACCAGAUUAAAGACAUGGGAAGAAUGUUCAAAACGUAUGACGCAGGGAAAGACAACUACAUUGAUCUGAUGGAGCUGAAGCUGAUGAUGGAGAAGCUUGGAGCUCCCCAGACACAUAUCAGUCUGAAGAACAUGAUCAAGGAGGUGGAUGAGGACCUGGACAACAAGCUGAGCUUCAGAGAAUUCCUGCUGAUCUUUAGGAAGGCAGCAGCAGGAGAGCUGGCAGAGGACAGUGGCCUCAGUGUACUUGCUCGUCUGUCUGAAAUCGAUGUCUCCACAGAGGGGGUCAAAGGAGCCAAGACCUUUUUUGAAGCCAAAGUCCAGGCUAUCAGUGACUCCAAUCGGUUUGAGGCAGAGAUCCGCCAGGAGCAGGAGGCCAAGAAGAAGCAGGCAGAGGAGCAGAAGCAGAGACGUGCUGCUUUCAAAGAACUGCAGUCCGCCUUCAAGUGACUGCCUUUCUCUGCUUUCAGGACCUUUCCCUGUCUGUGCUGCACUAAGGCUGUCAGUUUGCCAAUGUUCAUGUUUGAAUGCCCUAUGUAUGUCAGACCAAAGUAAUCUCGAGUCAGUCACAGGCUGAGGCAUUUCACAUGCUGGUCACUAGUCUAUGAUACAGUGGACUGAAUACAUGAAAAAUGAGCCUUGUUUAUGCAGUUAACCGAUAAAUUGCAGUUAACAGAUGAUUGAUUCAUCUGUAUAGAAUUAUUUAUACAUUUAGCUCUGUCAAACAAUCAAAAUAAAAAUUCAACACAAGUUUAGUUCAGUAAUUAAAUGAAUGGAUGAUUCUUACAAUAUCUGUGGCCCACAGAAAAUGAUUGAAAUGAUUGUCAUCAUAAAUUUCCAGUUAACUAAAAAUCAUGCUCAUGUUACAAUAAACUGCUUCGCAAUGCUUUCUUUUUUCUUUUUGGUAAAUACACCAAUUCAUGGUUCUGACCUUCCUGAAGCAUUGUCCCACCUGUACCUGACACAGCAUGCACACACCCACACAGCAAUAUGUUGUGGGCUUUAUUCAGUCUAAAAAUGCAGUACCCAUCAUGUUUGGAGCUUAAAUCUGUAAACUGUAGCUAAAAUGACACAGUGUCCAGUUCUUGGUAUUUGUGAUGGAUGUACUUGUUUCACUGUUUGUCAGCUUGUUGAGCUUUAUUUGAUUAUUACUCAUUCCAAAAUGUAUUAAAUCCACAGUUACACUUUGC